GUCUUAAAAUAACAUUUGCUGUUUGUCUGCUGUUCUUCCCCCUGCUCCAAACCCCCCCAGCCCCAGACCAUGGCAAACCAGGAAAGGAUGGAGAUUUUCCUGCCCUUCCUGAUGGCACUGGCAGUGCCUUUGCAGAGCUGCCUUGGGCCCUGGGGACUCUGGGGACACCGUGACCCUCUGGAUGGCUCCUUCCACACCCCACUUGCAAGGCAGCAAACAGGAAACGUGUGAGCACCGGCAGUUGGUGUCACCCAGAACGGAAGGUGCCUUGAGUAAGAGAGGAGAGCGGGGCCAGCUCUGUCCCUCUGAGCUGGGGAGCCCCUGGGCCCGUGUGCCCCACACUGAGCGUCCCUUGUGGGGAGGGCUGGAGCAAAGGUGCCCAGCGAGGGCAGGGCCGGCCGAGUGUCCCCUCCAGGCCAGGCGGGGCCAUGUCCGAGCGCCGGGCGGGCACCAAGGGCCGGCGCUUGGGCUCCAGCCGGCGCAAGCAGCUGCAGGAGGGCCUUGGGCAGGCACCAGCACCAGCACCCGGCCCCAGUGAGGAGCCACCAUGGGCAUCUGAAAUAGUGCAGAGGGUGCGGCACCUGCUCAGUGCCAGGGACACGGAGCAGGCAGGAGUUGUCACCCGCUCGGACAUGCAGAAGCUGCAGGAGGAAGGUUUGCCAUGCAGCAGGGAGGAGCUGGAGCUGGUGUUCGAUGGGCUGGAUGCCGCUGGCACCGGGCGCUUGGGCACAGAGGAGUUCACGGCAGGGCUCCGGCAGUUCUUGAGCUCCCAAAACGCUGCCAGGGAGCACCGGCGGAGGAAGACGGCGUCGCGGAGGGUGCGGCUGGUGCUGCCCGGCCCGGCACUGCCAGGGGGGCACAGCGAGGAGAGCAGGCACUUCGCUGCCCUCAUGGAGCAGCUGGGCACAGACAACCCCUCUGAGGAACAGGAGAUCUGGCAGCUCUGGCUGAAGCUCCGGCAGGACGAGCCCCAGCUAUUGGACAACCUGGAGGGCUUCCUGGCCAAGAUGAGGCAGCGCAUCCAAGAAGCCAGGAGAGAGAAGGAGGCUUUGGAGCUGACUCUGAACAAGCGUGUGGCCGAGCACGACAAGGACGUGCAGCAGCUCUGCGAGGCCCUGGAGCAGCAGAUCCAGCAGGAGCAGCUGCGGCUGCAGCAGCAGAGCAUGGCCCGGAGCCAGCAGCAGGACGAGGAGCUGCAGCGAGUGCUGGAGGCCAGCGAGAGGGAGGUGCAGCGCUUGGUCACGGCACAGAUGGAGCUGGAGCGGCGCUGCCGCAGCCUCCAGAGCUCCCAGCAAGUGACCAGCACAGAAAACCAGCAGCUGCAGGAGAGCAACCGCGCCCUGCAGCAGCACCUGCAGCACCUGCACCAGCAGCUGCAGCACACCCAGGGCCACCUGAGGACAAUGAGGGCUACAGUGGCUUGGGAGCACAUGGGGGAGCCCGGGGACAGAGUGGUGGCAGAGUUACCCAUCGAGGUGCCAAUGUCCCCACAGCUGAGUCCUGGGAAGAGCGAGAAGUUCCGCUCGGAGAUGCGGAUCAGGCUGGGAUCCCAGAGCAGCGAGAGCAAAGCCAAGAGCACCCACCAAGUGGUUUGGGAAAUGCUGCCAGCAGAAGCAAACCUUUCAGGAGCCCCAUGGAAAGCAAGCUCUGCAGAAGAGGACCCCUUCCCAGAACCUUUGAAAGAGGAAGGUGUCUCUGACCAAAGCUCUUUGCUAAGAGAGAUGAAUGAUGCAAUAGCAGCUCUGAGCAAACAUCUGAAGGCACAGGCACUGGAUGCAUCCCCUGUCCUGGCAGACACUGCCUGUCACCCCUGGGACAAUGCUGAGCCCCAGACAGGGCCAGAGGCAGCCACAGCCCAUGAAACAACCCCUGGGGUCCUGCAGGAGACCCUCCCUGGCCACAUCCAUCAUGAGCUGCUAGAAGGAGACCUGCAGGAGGGACCUGGCACAGCUGAGCUUCGUGCUCCGGAUGUGACACAGGCUGGUGGGUCUGCAGGAGCUGGGCACUGCACGGCUCAGGAGCCAGGGGCAGAGCAGGGAGAGAGCCCAGAGCAGGCACAGAGGAUGUUAUUCCAGCAAGGAAAGGGAGCUGGUGUGGAGGAGAUGGUGCUGAAGGUGGCUGAGCAUCUGGGAGACAGCAUGGAGGCAGGAGAGCAGGUCCUGAUGGAGGUGGAGGGAGCAGGGUGGCUGCAGGGAACAACAGCUUGGGCAAAACCACAGCUCCUGGGAGAGGAUGAGGAAGUGGAGAUAAGCCAGAGAGAAGAUUUGGAGGCAGGUCUGGGGCCACCUGAGGCUGGGCAGGAAGGUGUAGCAGUGGGACAGUGCCUUGCCAUGGAUGAGCAGCAGCCAGGGAGGACGUUGGGGGUGCAGGCCCCAGGCACAGAGCUGCAGGAACGGGCUGACCCCGCAUCAGGGCUCCCUGGAAAACUGGAAACUGAGCUGGGAGAGCACCUGGAGCCACAGCCACCAUCCUGGGGUGAGGCACAAGUGGGAGAAGCCCAUGGGGGUGGUGUCCCUGAGGUGGCAGUGGCUCCAGGCCCAGCAGUGCUGGAUGAGGAGUGUGCCAGGACGGAGGUGCAGCCCCAGGGAGAGACCACGGACUCCAAAGUGCUGGAGGUGCUGCCAGCCCGAGCUGAGCGUGCAGGGAGCAGCAGAGCUGGGGGCGAGGAAGAGGAGGAGAAGGAAGCAGAGCCCAGGGAGGCAGAGCAGCAGCUGCAGGGUGAGUGUGCCAGGGGAGGUGCAGGGUGGAGAGGGAGCAUGGGCUCUCUGGAGCCACUGGCAGCGGCUGUGCCACCCACCCAUGGGCAGAGAGGAGGUGGAACAGAUGUGGAACUGAUGGAGGCCCCCAGCAGCACCAACAUGGAGCUGCUGGCAGAGGUGGAAGCAGAUCUGCAGGUCUGGAUUGAGGCUGGAUCUCCAGGGACACAGCAGGGAGGGGGUGUGGAUCCAGGUGUGCAGCUGGAGAAGGAUAAACCAGAGGUAGGGCUGGGAGAAGAAAUGGGAGCUGCUGCAGUGCACAGCGAGGGUCCUUCCCCUGCAGAAACACCUGUGGGCAGCCCGGAUGUGUGUGGGCUGUUCCCAGGUAUGUCUCAGGCACUGGUGGAGGCAGAUCUGCAGCUCUCUGUGGAUCUCAGCCCAGAAAACCCCCAGGGAGGGAAGGGGGAAAGAGCUGUUCAGCUCCCAGAGAAUGAGGAAGAGGAUGGGGCAAAAGGACAGGUUGAGCAGGGGCUGCCACAUGAGCCAGUGCCUCAUCCCAGUGCAGUGACCUUAGGUCAGGGGGAGGGGGCUGCUGCAGGGCUAGAGCUAACGGAGAAUGCUGAAGGCCUGGACACUACUGAGGAGCACAGCAGUGGUGCCAGUGUGCAGCUGAUUGCAGAGGGGGAUGAGCUCAGACUGAGCCCAGGAGGGAGCACUGAGGCAGAUCUGCAGCUUGUGGGCAAGCCUGGAUCCUCAGGGACAGAGCAGGGAGGGAGUGUGGAUCCAGAUGUGCAGCACCUGGAUCAGGGGGAUAAAGCAGAGUUAGUGGAAGGGGAGGCAGAGGAUGCCCAGGCAGAUCUGCAGCUGGCAGAGGGUCUCAGCUCAGGAGUCCCACGGGGAGGAGAAAUUGGAACAAAUGUUAAAAUUGAGGAGAAGGAUGAUGAGGCACAAGGACAGGGUGAGGAUGGGCUGUCACAUGAGCCUGAGCUUGAUCUGCAUGGAUCAAGAGUCGAGCACGGUGAAGGAGCUGGUGAAGACAUGCAAGCACAGGAAAAGGCUGAAAGCCUGGACACUAUUGAGGACCAGAGCACUGGUGUCAAUGUGCAGCUGAUUGCAGAGGGGGAUGAGCUUAAAUCAGCCUCAGGAAAAAGCACAGAGGCAGAUCUGCAGCCCUUAAGCCAGACUGACUCCAUAGGGACAGAGCCUGGAGGGAAUGUGGCUCCAGAUGUGCAGCCUCUGGAUCAGGGGGAUAAAGCAGAGGUAGUGGAAAGGGAGACAGAGGACUCCUGGACAGACACUCAGCUGUGUGUGACUGCCAGCCCAGAAACUCCCCAGGGAGGGGAGCACUGUGCAGCUGUGCAGCCCAGGGAUGGGGCUGGGGAUGGGGGACAAGGACAGGGUGGGAGUGGGCAGAUGCAGGAGCUGGUGCCUGACCCAUCUGGAGUGACCAUCAGACAGAGAAGGGGGACGGAGGCAGGUGUGCAGCCAGUGGAGGAGGCUGAAAGCCUGGACACAGUGGAAAAUCAGAGCACUGGUGCCAAUGUGCAGCUGAUUGCAGAGGGGGAUGAGUUCAGACUGAGCCCAGCAGGGAGCACAAAUGCAGAUCUGCAGCCCUUGGGUGAGGCUGGAUCCUCAGGGACAGAACAGGGAGGGAGUGUGGAUUCAGAGGUGCAGCACCUGGAUCAGGAGGAUAAAGAAGAGUUUUUGGAAAGGAAGGCAGAGCAUGCCCAGGAAGAUAUGGUAUUCCAUGAGGGUCCCAGCCCAGGGGCUCCAUGGGGAAGGGAGGGUGAAAGAGCUGUUCAGCUGGAGCAGGAGGAGGAUGGGGCACAAGGACAGGGUGAGAAUGAGCUGCCACAGGAGGCUGAGCUUGAUCUGCAGGGAUCAGGGGUCAGGCAGGGAGGGGGGGCUGAUGUAGACAUGCAAGCACAGGAAGAGGCUGAAAGCCUGGACACUACUGAGGAGCAGAGCAGUGGUGCCAGUGUGCAGCUGAUUGCAGAGGGGGAUGAGCUCAGACUGAGCCCAGCAGGGAGCACAGAGGCAGAUCUGCAGCUCAUGGGUGAGGCUGGAUCCUCAGGGACAGAGCAGGGAGGGAGAUUGGACCUAGAGGUGCAGCAUCUGGAUCAGGCUCAUAAAGAAGACAUUUUGGAAAUGGAAGUAGAGGAUGUCCAGGAAAAUAUGAUGGAGGUCCUGGCAGAGGUGGAGGCAGAUCUGCAGGUCUGGAAUGAGGCUGGAUCCUCAGGGACAGAGCAGGGAGGGAGUGUGGAUCCAGAGGUGCAUCCCCUGGAUCAGGGGGAUACAGCAGAGUUAGUGGAAGGGGAGGCAGAGGAUGCCCAGGCAGAUCUGCAGCUGGCAGAGGGUCUCAGCUCAGGGGCUCCAUGGGGAGGGGAGUGGGGAAGAGCCCUUCAGAAUGAGGAGGAUGAGGAGGGUGGGGCAGAAGUACCAGGUGAGAAUGGGCUGCCACAGGAGUCUGUGCUUGCUCCAGAAGGAGCAGGAGGCCGACAGGGAGAAGGGGCUGGUGCAGGAGCACAGCCACAGGCGGAGGCUGAAAGGCUGCACACACUGGAGGCCCAGAGCACUGAUGCUGCUGUGCAGCUGUUCACAGAUCAGCAGAUGCCCCAGUCAGGCUCAGGAGGGAGCACAGAGGCAGAUAUGACACCUUUGGGUGUAGCUGGGUUGUGGGAAGGGGAGCAGGGCCUGACUCCAGGUUUGGAGGCAGUUCUGGGUGCAUCUCCCACUGCAAACCCAUGGGAAGGAGCUGCUGCUGCAGAUGUGCCCCCUCCAAUUGAGGCUGCUUUUUGUCCUGAGCCUGCCACUGCUUCAGAGGGCCCUGGUCUGGAAGCAAAACUGGGAGCAUGCAUUGGUCCUGAGGGGCAGAUUCUGGAGGCACAGGAAUUACUGCAGGGAGAGAGGCCUCCUGCAGAGGGGAAGCCUCUGGAUGGAGCUCAUGGUCUGGAAGUGGCACAGGGAGAGAGGCUGGAGGCAGGGGUGAGGAAUGAAGUGAAAACUCAGGGUCAAGGACUAAACCAGGGCCAUGAUGAUGCUGAGUUAGCCUCCCUGGUCUCCGAGGUGCUGUCACAACUCAGCCCCCAAAAGCUGGAAACAAUGAUGCAGGAGGAUGUUCUCAUUCCAGAUGUGUGGCGGCUUUGUGCUCCAGGACAGGCAGCCCAAAGGGAGCUUCAGGAGCAGGUUUCAGCACAGGGACAUGAGGGGAGGCUUCACACGGUGGCCCAACGGUGGCCAGAGGGGGAGACACCACCCACGAGGGAACCGGAGCACACGGCUGCUGGACCUGCUGAGCAUCCGAAGCAAGAGGUGCCACCAGCAUCACCACUGCACACAGCUGUGCAACCAGGAGAUGCUGGCAGUGAUCAGCUGGGGGUGGUCCUCAGAGAAAACUCACUGGGGCAAAGGCAGCUCUUGGGAGAACAGAGCAAAGGCAUCAGUGUUGGUCAACGAGAGAAGAUGCAAGAGUUUGGUCAGAAAAUGAGCCAGGAAGGUGAGCCCAGCUCAGGAGAGCCAGGGGCUGUGACUGCAGGUGGGGCAGGAGCUGCUCCACAGGGUUGUCCUAAAGCUGCCCUGGACCCAGACCACCUCUACAACGUGCUGUUUGUUGGGGACUCCCACGUGGGCAAAACGUCGUUCCUGUACCGUUUGCACGCUGACUCCUUCAACCCCCACCUCACAGCCACAGUGGGACUGGAUUACCAGAUCAAAACCCUCGUUGUGGAUAACAAGUGCUUUGCUCUCCGCCUGUGGGACUCAGCUGGUCAGGAAAGGUACCGCAGCAUGACCAAGCAAUUCUUCCGGAAGGCGGACGGGGUGGUGCUGAUGUACGACAUCACCUCCGAGUACUCCUUCUCCGACGUGCGCUACUGGCUCAGCUGCAUCCAGGAAGGAGCAGAGGAUGGAGUUGCUGUCCUGCUUCUUGGGAACAAAACCGACUGUGCUGCCCAGAGACAGGUCCCUACAAAGGAGGGUGAAUGCCUGGCCAAGGAGCACCAGCUCAUGUUUUACGAGUGCAGCGCUGCCUCAGGCCACAAUGUCUUUGAGUCCAUGGUCAGCUUCACCAGGCUGCUCAAAGAUCGUGAAGAUGAAUUGAAAAAUAAAGCAGAAGAGGUACCAAAGGCACCUCAGAAGAAAAAGGGCUGCUGCUGGUGAUGGAGAGACACCCCACACACUGAUCUGACACUGCACCAACAGCCAGAAAAGCAUAAAAACAGUCCUUGGACACCUUCUCUUUUCCUGUGUGUCUUCCUUGCCUGAUCUUCCUUGGAUGCUGAGAGCAAAAGCUGCUGUGGGGCACCCCCUGUCAAUCCCCCAGAGCACACCAGCCCUCCCAAAUACUUCUCAGGGAACUUUACCACUUUCUUUUGGAGACCAAAAACAGGCCAAGAAAAGAGGCAGAAAAGGAACCCAGCUGGGUCUGAGAUGCUGCAAUGAUACUGGAAGCAGCAGGGAGUAAACCCAAGCCUUGGGAGAGAAGAAAUGAAAACCUGAAGCCAUCCAAGUGUAUAAACCAAGGGGGUUUAGUGCUGUUGGUGCUCUGGGCUGUGGGGACUUCUCCUCUGGCUUUGCAAUCUGAUUGGAUUUGAUCAGGAACAAUGAGAUAUUCAAUAUAUUCUAAAUGCCCUUAAAUCUCUCCAAUGACACAAGGUAAAGCUAAUUUUUCUUUUCUGUGGUUUAUCCUACCAGUGAGCAGUGAUGGGGCUUGACAGAAACUACUGAAUAUUUUGCUCAAAAUAAAUUCAAAAGCCCCAAGAGAGAGUCCAGGACAAGAAGAAGAUAAAUGCUUGCAAGAUGUUUCUUUCAUUGUGUUGUCCCCAGAGCAGAAUUCUGGAUUAUUGCAACAAAUUUCAGAGAAGAAUGAGCUGUUGCAUCCUGCCCUUCUGCUCUUUGUGAAGUGCUGAAUUGGUUUAAAUCCAGUUUGAAAAAUCUAAAUAAGCAUGUUACAAUUUCAAGGUGGUUUUUUUUUUAAUCUUUUCACAGCUUGAUUGAACUAUAUUUUUACAUUAAAAAAACAUACAGUCUGAAUAAAUAAGAAUACUAGUGCUAUAUUUUAGUAUUUUAUAUGCUCCAUGUAAAUUCCCAGCAGUUCAACAGGUGUGUUUAAAGACUCUGCUUAUGCACAGAGUUUGCAGAAAUAAUUCUGCCUAGUUGGGUUUGCUUUUUGUUGCCAUUAUUAUUUAUAGGUACAUAAUGGCAAAGCAUAAUAGGAGCCAGUUUGUGCUUUAGAAAAAUUAAGUGACAACAGGAGUUGGGCUUCUAGCAACACUAUAUAUUUUCAUAUAUAAUUAUAUCUAUUUUAUAUAUAUCAGCUUCACCAGCCAGGGUCCAACUUUGCAAUGACCCUGGAAUUUCAGAGUCUUUUAGGGAUGAUUUAUUUCUCCUGCACAUCACAAUUUAUCACUCCAGUACCUCUGUACCCUGUCUCCAACCCCUAUGUCUCCCCCCAGCCUACCUCAAGGCAUUUUCCUUUGGCCCC